UCCCCUUUUCUCUCUCUCUCAGACCCAUGGCAGAUUCAGAGACGGCCUUCGCCGUCGCCGCCGGCGGCGGCGACGAGGAGCAGAAAUGCGUCGUCCCGCAGGUGGAAGUGACGGUGCCGAAAACCGACGACCCGACCCUCCCCGUGAUGACGUUCCGGAUGUGGGUUUUGGGCCUGGCCUCCUGCGUGAUCCUCUCCUUCGCGAACCAGUUCUUCUGGUACCGGACCCAGCCCAUGUCCAUCUCCGCCAUCUCGGCCCAAAUCGCCGUUGUCCCCUUAGGCCACCUCCUGGCCAAGACGCUCCCGACACGUGUCCUCUUCGCCGGGACAAGGUGGGCCUUCACCAUGAACCCGGGCCCGUUCAAUGUCAAGGAACACGUCCUCAUCACCAUCUUCGCCAACGCCGGCGCCGGCACCGUCUACGCCACCCACAUCUUGAGCGCCGUCAAGCUGUAUUACAAGCGCCAGAUGACCUUCGUUCCGGCCAUGUUGGUCAUGAUCACCACCCAGGUGCUAGGAUUUGGCUGGGCAGGACUUUUCCGGCGUUACCUCGUGGAGGCAGAGGAAAUGUGGUGGCCAAGCAUCUUAGUCCAAGUCUCUCUCUUCAGAGCACUCCACGAAACCGGGAAGAGGCCGAAAUCCGGUCUAACCAGAACCCAAUUCUUCCUCAUCGUCCUAGCCACCAGCUUCAGCUACUACAUCUUCCCAGGCUACCUCUUCACCAUGCUCACCUCCUUCUCCUGGGUCUGCUGGAUGUUCCCCAACUCGGUCCUCGGGCAGCAGCUCGGGUCCGGUUUAAAAGGGCUCGGGAUCGGUUCGUUCGGGUUCGACUGGUCCACCAUCUCGUCCUACCUGGGCAGCCCGCUGGCCAGCCCGUGGUUCGCAACCGCAAAUGUAGCGGUCGGGUUCGUCCUGGUCAUGUACGUGAUGACCCCGCUCACUUACUGGUCCGACACAUACAAGGCCAAGACAUUCCCAAUCUACUCCAGCAACCUGUAUCGAUCCAACGGGUCUCGAUACGACAUCCUGAGCAUCGUCGAUUCGAGGUUCCAGCUCGACCGAGGCGUCUACUCGCAGCUCGGUCGUGUCAAUCUCAGCACGUUCUUCGCUAUGACGUAUGGAAUUGGGUUUGCUACUCUGUCUGCUACGGUUGUUCAUGUCCUGCUGUUUAACGGGAGGGAUCUGGUGAGGCAGAGCAGGCGGGCGUUUGGGGACAGGAAGAUGGAUGUGCACACUCGGCUGAUGAAGAGGUACAAGCAGGUUCCCGUGUGGUGGUUCGUGGCGAUCCUGGUGGUGAACAUUGCGGUGAUUCUGUUCGCCUGUGAGUAUUACAAUGCGACUCUGCAGCUGAAGUGGUGGGGAGUUCUUCUAGCUUGUGCCGUCGCCAUUUUCUUCACCCUCCCCAUUGGUAUCAUCAAUGCCACCACCAACCAGCAACCGGGUUUGAACAUAAUCACAGAGUACAUAAUCGGGUACGCAUACCCAGAGCGUCCCGUCGCCAACAUCUGCUUCAAGGUCUACGGCUACAUCAGCAUGGCACAAGCCUUAACCUUCUUGAGCGACUUCAAGUUGGGUCACUACAUGAAGAUCCCGCCUCGAUCCAUGUUCGUCGUCCAAGUAGUCGGAACAAUCGUCGCCGUGAUGGUCUACUUAGGCACCGCGUGGUGGAUGAUGGAAUCGAUCCCCAACCUCUGCGACCAGGACAAGCUCCCCGCAGACAGCCCCUGGAUGUGCCCGAUGGACAAGGUUUUCUUCGACGCCUCCGUAAUCUGGGGGCUAGUCGGCCCGAGGAGGAUCUUCGGCGAUUUGGGUGAGUACGGGAACGUCAAUUGGUUCUUCGGAGGUGGAGCUCUGGCUACCGCUCUCGUGUGGCUAGCGUACAAGGCCUUUCCGUCACAGACGUGGAUUCGGUACGUUAAUAUGCCCGUGCUGUUGGGGGCUACCUCCGUGAUGCCGCCGGCAUCGGCGGUGAACUACACGAGCUGGAUCGCGGUCGGCUUCGUGUCGGGUUUCGUGAUCUACAGGUGGCGGCCGAAGCUGUGGAAUCGGUACAAUUAUGUGUGCUCUGGCGGGCUGGAUGCCGGGACGGCGUUCAUGACGAUUCUGAUCUUCUUCUGCCUGCAGAAUCGGAAUGUGGCGGUUGAUUGGUGGGGGACGAGGCCCGACGGGUGUCCUCUGGCGAGCUGUCCGACGGCGAAAGGGGUUUCCGUCGAUGGGUGUCCGCCUGCUUGAGCUUGGUCUCUUUGUUGGGCUCUGUUUCUUGUAAUGUGUACAGUAGAGAUGCCUAGGAGGCUAGGAAGUGUUGGGUUUUGUGAUGUUUAACGAUGUGUAAUUUCGUGUUGUCGAAUAAUAAUCCUACGCCAAUGGGAUGAUGGAUUUGAUUUCGUAUUGCUUCCAUCUAUCGUAUUUCGUAUUGCUUC